GUUUAAUAUAAUUGAUUCAGAUUUGUGUGCUUAUGGGGAUGUGGGUGAUCUUAAUCAUAUUUUCUUUACCUGCCCUUUGAAUGACGUUUUUUCCUUUUAUAAUCAUCUGGUCUCCAUCCAUGUACCAUUUCCUGCUUCUAUCAAAUCUCUUCUUUCAUGUUCUAAUCCUGAUAUAUAUACAGCUUCAUCUAUUUUCCAGUUAAAUAAUAAUUUGAAAUUAUAAAUCCUUAUACUUAUCCUAUCGUAGUAAUGCUAUCUGAUCCUUUUCCAAUUCCGUGAGUAAUGUCCUUUUAAAUCGUGAUAAAAGUUUCCCUGCUUUUGUUAGUGGCAUAUGCGCAAACCGUGGGAUGCCAAAUAUAUGUAUAAAAAAAAAAACUCUUUUGAAGUGACGCAACAUUGACACAACACAAAUAAUUGAUUUAACCUAAAAAGUGUAGACAAAUUUAUAAUAGUGUGUACAAUAUAAUAUUAUAAGAACUAUGGGGUCGCGGCAAAUAACUGAAAAGUCGCUUUCAAUGUUGCGGUCUUUGCCAAGGCUGUCGUUAGCUAACAUUCGUGAUAAUCCAGGGUCCCGAAGAAAUCCAAAACGAGGCCGCGGCCAACAUGGUGGGGAUAAACAUGGUGCUGGUAACAAAGGCUCUGGUCAGCGUCAGAAUUAUAUGAGACUUGGUUAUGAAACAGGAAAUAAUCCCUUUUAUCUUAGAAUGCCUCAUGAACCCUACUACAAAGGCCAUCACCACAGGAGACAGUACCCUCCAAUCUCUUUACAUGAAAUACAAAAGUUAAUAGACACAAAUCGCUUGGAUAUAAAUAAUCCCAUAGACAUAGCAAGUAUUGUUAGAUCAGGUCUUUAUAACUUCUUUCCUGAUCAGAAACACUUUGGUAUUCAUUUAACAGAUGAAGGUGUGGAUAAUUUUGCUGCAAAAAUAAAUAUUGAAGUGCAGUGGGUAAGCGAACCAGUGAUUGCUGCUAUUGAGAAGAAUGGUGGAGUAAUAACAACUGCAUAUUAUGAUCCCCACAGUCUCAUGUUAUUAAAAAACCCAAAAUCUUUUUUUCAAACUGGUCAAGCAAUACCCAGAAGAAUGAUUCCACCACCAGAUUGCAUCGAAUACUAUACUAGUGCUGAAAUGAGAGGAUAUUUAGCAGACCCAGAAAAGAUAUCUCAAGAAAGGCUUAGGCUAUCACAAAAAUAUGGUUACAAAUUGCCAGUAUUGGAGAACGAUCAAAAUUAUAACAUGCUAUGUGAAAGAAAAGAUCCAAGACAAAUAUUUUAUGGCUUAGAGCCUGGUUGGGUAAUUAAUUUAAGAGAUAAAUGCAUUUUGAAACCUAAAGAUGAAGAAUUAUUACAGUUCUAUUCAUCAUGAUGAUAUUUAAUUGUUAAUUAUAUUGGUAUUGUGUUGGUUUAUUUAUCAGAAUAAUUGUGGUCAAUAAAAAGUUCAAAUUA